UCCCUCGUAUACUUCACAUGUGUACCUCUUCUCUAGGCAUCAACUAUCCACGGAUCGAAUAUUUAUUACAACAUCAACAACAACAUAUCCAUUUUACAUUAUCACCUCACUGUCCCGUGACUGAUACAUCGAAAUUCGAAGCCCAGAGUGAGAAGCAGAGGGAGAGGGAGAGGAGUCAUAGCUGGAGGAGGAGAGGAAUAGAAUGAAGGCAACGAGGAGGCCGAUACAGGCGGUGGCGAGAUGGGUAAGGAGGCAACCACCAAAGAUGAAGGCUUUUUUAGCGGUGGUUUCAGGGUUGGUGGCUUUGGUUUUUCUUAGAAUGGUUGUUCGUGAUCAUGAUAACCUCUUUGUUGCUGCUGAGGUUGUUCAUUCUAUUGGAAUCUCUGUUCUUAUUUACAAGCUCAUGAAGGAGAAGACUUGUGCUGGACUUUCACUGAAAUCACAGGAGCUAACAGCUAUAUUUUUAGCUGUUAGGCUCUAUUGCAGUUUUGUCAUGGAGUAUGACAUACACACUCUACUUGAUUCAGCUACGUUGCUGACAACCCUUUGGGUAAUCUAUACGAUCCGUUUCAACUUGAGGUCCAGUUACAUGGAAGGCAAAGAUAACUUUGCAAUUUACUAUUUGGUGAUACCAUGUGCUGUGCUAGCUUUGUAUAUUCAUCCAAGAACACAUCACCACAUACUCAACAGGAUUUGCUGGGGCUUUUGUGUUUACCUUGAAUCUAUUUCAGUGUUGCCUCAGCUGCGAGUAAUGCAAAACACAAAGAUUGUUGAACCCUUCACGGCACAUUAUGUAUUUGCGCUUGGAGUUGCCAGGUUCUUGGGUUGUGCACAUUGGGUCCUCCAGGUACUGGACACUCGAGGACGCCUAUUAACAGCACUGGGCUAUGGAUUGUGGCCUCUUAUGGUCCUACUUUCAGAAAUUGUGCAGACUUUCAUUCUUGCCGAUUUCUGCUACUACUACGUCAAGAGUGUUCUUGGUGGGCAACUUGUUCUAAGGCUCCCCUCAGGAGUGGUGUAAGCUAGUCUGCCUUGCAAAAAUCUGCGAAGUGUGGGACGAUGCUAGCUUUGGUUGCUCUUGGCCAUCCAGAUAGUGCGUGCAACGCUUGUUCUAUCUUUUGCAGGCAUUAGAGUUGUAGUAGGUGGACUGUAAAAUUGUUCUAUUUUUCUCACUCUCACUCACCUAGAAAUGAGAUCCGUCGGUGGUUUUAAGCAUGGUUUUUAAACAA